AUGAUUGACAAAGAUUUUAUGCAAGAUUUGGAGGAAGAGGAAGAGCAACAAAUUGCAGAGGCAAAAUAAUAGGUUGAGGAUGAACCAACUUGUUCUUUACUUAAAGAUAACAAAUUUCUUUAGCAUUAUCAAAGAGUUUUAGAAGUAUCUGCUUAUCAAAUCUAAGAUGAAACUAUAAAUGCAAGUCACGAAGAAUAUCAUCUAAUUUUAAGGUCAAAUGAAUAUAGUACAAUCAUUGAUUAAGAGAUUUUGAAUAUCCAUAAAUAAUUGAAGGAUGUAUACCAUAAGAAGUUUCCAGAAUUGGAAAAAAUAAUCAUAAACCCUAUCGAGUAUGUUAAGAUAGUCAGGUUAAUUCGAAAUGCUAUAGAUCUUCAAGCCAUAGAUUUUUCAUAACUUUUGAGUGGUUAGCAAGUAGUUGCUGUCAAUAUAGCUGCUAAACAAUCCUUAAUUGGUUAACUUUCAGAGGAAGACAUCUCCUUGGUUGAUUAGUUGUGUCAUAAGAUCGAGACAUUAGAUAGCUACAAUUAGAAAAUCAUCUGCUAUAUUGAAUCUAGAAUGAAGUACAUAGCUCCAAAUGUCUCAGCCUUAAUAGGUACACAAUUGGCAUCUAAGUUGAUGGCAGCUGCAGGAGGAAUUGAAAAGCUUGCCAAUAUGCCAGCAGGUAACAUUUAAGUGAUGGGAAGUGUUAAGAAAAAUAUGUUGGGAAUGAGUAGAGCUAUGCAUAAUAGAAACACUGGUUAUUUUGGAACAUUGGAGAUUGUACAGAAAGCGUCAGGGAAAUUGUAAAAUCAAAUAGUAAGGAUGUUAGCAACCAAUGUGGCCAAAGCAGCCAGAGUUGAUAAUAUGAAGACAUGUCCCAAAGGAAAUGUAGGAGAGGAUCUAAGAAUAAAAAUGAUGAAGAGAUAUUAGAAGAUUUAAGAACCUCCUCCUGCUAAAUUAGAAAAACCAUUACCUAUUCCAGAUGAGAACAAGAAGAGAAGAAGAGGAGGGAAGAGGUUCAGAAAAUAGAAAGAAAGAUUGGCUAUGACAGAAGUGAGGAAGUAUGCUAAUAGAUUGAAAUUUGGAUUGGAGGCUGAGGAUGAAAUCAAGGACACAGGAAUUGGGUUGGGAAUGUUAAGUCAAGGUAUUGGCAAAGUAAAGUUACACAUCAAGAAGGAUAAGCCAAUUGGUCUCAGUAAGAAAUUAUAAUAGAGACUUGCACAAACGAAGACUCAAUCUGGAGGUGGUACUGGUGGAUUAACUUCAAGCAUUGCCUUUACACCCACUUAAGGAAUUGAAUUAGUAAACCCAGAAGCUGGAUAUUUAUCAAAGGUUCCUGAUUAAUAUUUUAAUAGAGAAUCUGGGUUUAGAACUGUAUUAAAAAAGGAAAGAGAAUUUGGAAGAUAACAUUGAUUAAUCUAUUUAGUUUAAUUUUUAAACACAUAAAUUAUUUAA